AUGUUUGGACCCUUUCCUGUUGCUCCAAACCUGACCCCGAGGGUAGCCCCAGAGGAUAUACCCAGCCCGACACCCAUCACUCUGCCAAGAUAUCAGCCAUUCACACAAGACGAUGUCAUAAUUGGCGGCAGCGGUCAAUCGUUGCCAGCUUUACUUGGACAGACUGGUCGAGACUCGCUUGUUCUGGGACCUGCCGGUCUCUUGGCAAUCGGACUCGACCUGAGACUAGACGCCGAUGAAUCUGACCUGAUACCUGAUACGGCCUACCUACCAGAUUUCCGUCAAUGGGACCGCUUCACAUCUGAGGAAGCCUGUCGUCAAGACGGCAAGGAUCGGUUCCCGUUGAAAAAUGGGAACCUGUCCCCCGGGUGCCAAGUAUACCUUGAACGCCGGCGAGAACUCUCCAAUACCAACGACGACGCCUUUCGCACCGUCAGGAGGAUUCCACCCCCAAAGGGCAAGCAGCAGGCAAGAUUAGGCAAUACCUACGAAUUCUUCCGCUGCUUGGAACUAUUUACCUCCUUCUGGGACGAUCCAUCCCGCCCUCCAGAGCUGCCGCCCUCCCCAGAGUUGAGCACGCCAACCGACACACCCAGGCGUAUCGAAUGUGAGGCCAAGACACAUGCUGGCCCAUCGCAAACCCCUACAAUACGCCGGACCGCCUCCGGUCAGUCCAUGCCCCCGGAGUAUAGACAACAUGUCCUCAACGCCUUCAUAAAGCUAGUCGCGUACGAUUUCGGGUGCAAUGUUUCCAGGGCAAGGCUGGAACCAAGACUCCAUCUCAACUCGCCUCCUGGGCGGAAACAACGCAAGUCAUACACGCCAUCAAAUUGUCAUUUCGUGUUCCAGAGUCCAAUGACACGGGAGACUGCCCGGGCGGGGGUAGUCUACGGUCCUGUCGCCGCAGUGACCGCACGCCCAACCGUCAACUUCACUGGACCGGAUGCCGAAACAGCGCAGUCGUCAGACCUGGCACGGGAGGUACUAGCCGCCUUGAUCACGGCUCAGCAUCGGGACCGCGAGGGAAAAGAGGAAGUCCGCUUCGGACAAGAUCAGUGGUGGACGACCCAACGACGCUGGGGCGGCGGCUUAGGGGGCCCCAUUGGUCGUGAAAUCCAGAGGGACGCCUCCUCCGCCGGAGACGACGGCCAGCCGGCCCAGGACGUGAACGGCGGCCGAAGCAGACCAGCCGUGAAGAGGGCCCGUAAAACCAUGCCCAUCUACGACAACUACCGCAUGGUCCGCCCGCCGCCGCCCUCGUGGGACCGGAAGGCCAAGUACGAGGCCAUUGGCAAAGUCGAGGGCGCCGACUAUGAUGACAUUUUCGUGAUGAGCUCUCUUUUCCACCACGUGUCCGUUCUGAGGGUCCGCGUCCCUACUCGAUUGCUCGAGGUUCUAGACGGGUCGCCCGAGCCGGAUCCAUCGAGACGCAGCUGGGGCAAGGUCCGGGCCUGGAAAAGUGCGUGGUACGACUUCUUUGACGUCGAUGAUAGGAUUACAGCGAUGCGACUUGUGUGGGCGGUCGUUGCGUACCAGAUGAGGGAAAAACCAGGCGGAGGCGCACGUGUCCAUGGCUAG